AUAGCAUUGGGCAUGGCAACAACUCAAACUCCAUUGCUUUUCUCCACCAACAACAAUGGCCAACCCUUUAUCCAUAACAGCCACACGCGCCUCUUCCACUUCCUCAACCACUCCAUUGUUGAUAUCUCUCACUUGAAGCAAAUCCAUGCUCAACUUCUACGUACCAUUCACACCAACCAUCAUCCACAAGCCCUCCUUCUACACAGCAGAAUCCUUCACCAUUCUUCUCUGCUUGAUCUUCGAUACGCCACUCGAAUUUUUCAUCACUUUCAGAAUCCCAAUUCCUUCAUGUGGAACACACUCAUAAGAGCCUAUGCUAGAACCGCAGACCAAAAACACAAGUCCAUGGAACUUUACAAAGCAAUGUUAAUGAUGGAACGAGAACAACAAAGUGCAGCGGUUAUUCCUGAUAAUUACACAUACCCUUUUGUAUUAAAGGCAUGUGCUUACUUGUUCUCUCUUUCUGAAGGGAAACAGGUGCAUGCUCAUGUAUUGAAACUUGGGUUUGAAUUGGAUACUCAUAUUUGUAACAGUUUGAUUCAUUUUUAUGCAACUUGUGGGUUUCUAGACUUGGCACACAAGGUGUUCGAGAAAAUGUCCGAAAGAAGUGAGGUUUCAUGGAACAUCAUGAUUGACUCUUAUGCAAGUGCUGGUGAGUAUGACACUGCAUUGAGAAUGUUCUGUGAGAUGCAGAGGAUUCAUUAUCCUGACGGUUACACCAUGCAAAGUGUGAUUAGUUCCUGUGCUGGAUUGGGUGCUUUGUCUUUGGGUUUGUGGGCUCAUGCUUAUGUCUUGAAAAGGAGUGACAAGAACAUGAUUGAUGAUGUUUUGGUUAACACUAGCUUGGUGGAUAUGUAUUGCAAGUGUGGCUCAGUGGAAUUUGCAAGACAAGUCUUUGAAAGCAUGCCUUAUAGAGACGUGAAUUCAUGGAAUUCAAUGAUUUUGGGGCUUGCCAUGCAUGGCAUGGCUGAGGAGGCGUUGGACUACUAUGCAAGAAUGGUGAAGGUAAAGGGACUCGUGCCGAAUUCAAUCACUUUUGUUGGUGUCUUGAGUGCAUGUAAUCACAGGGGCAUGGUUAAUGAAGGGCUUAUGUCUUUUGACAUAAUGACGAGGGAGUACAAAAUUGAGCCAAGAUUAGAGCAUUAUGGAUGCCUCGUAGAUCUUUUCGCUCGAGCCGGACGGAUCGAAGAGGCUAUGAACUUGGUUUCAGAAAUGCCUAUGAAACCGGAUGACGUGAUCUGGAGGAGUCUGUUGGAUGCUUGUUGCAAGCAACAUGCAAGUCUUGAGCUAAGUGAAGAAUUGGCCAAGAAAGUGUUUGAGUCAGAGGGAAGUACUACAUAUAGUAGUGGUGCUUAUGUGCUAUUGUCAAGAAUCUAUGCUUCAGCUAGCAUGUGGAAUGAUGUUGGAUUGCUUAGAAAACUAAUGACUGAUAAGGGUGUGAAUAAAGAACCUGGUUGUAGUUUGGUAGAGAUUGAUGGUGUCACUCAUGAAUUUUUUGCUGGGGACACGAGUCAUCCUCAAAGUGAAGAUAUAUACAAGUUUAUGAGUGAAAUUGAGGAGAAGCUAGAAGCAACCGGGUAUGUACCUGAUUAUUCAGGUGCACCUUUAGUUGAUGAGGUUAAUGAGGGAAAAAAGAAUACUAUGAGGUUGCAUAGUGAGAGAUUAGCUAUAGCUUUUGGAUUGCUAAGGUCAAGACCAGGCAUGCCAAUAAGAGUGUUUAAGAAUCUUAGGGUGUGUAAUGAUUGUCACGGUGUUACAAAAUUACUAUCAAGAAUUUAUAAUGUAGAGAUAAUUGUGAGAGAUCGUGCACGGUUCCAUCAUUUUAAAGAGGGAAACUGUUCUUGUAAGGAUUAUUGGUGACGAAAAAUAUGCACAAUCAUAUAUAAAUGAAAAAUCUAUGGUGAACUAAUAUAUCGUUAAAAAAUUUUAUUG